CGCAUGGUCAUUCGUAUAGCAAACAUAUAAGUGUAUAGCCAACACAAACAUUGUCAGUGUCAUGCCUGAUUAGACAAGGACAGAAGACACUUUUAUGCAGCGUUCUUUCUACUCCUAUGUCGCAUCCACUUACACGAUAAUUUAAGACUAUAUGACUCGCGUACUCUAACUCUUUGUAUAUCUAUCGUUAUAAUAGACAUUUAUUGCAGUCUCACAGUUGUUCGAAAUUUUGAAUUUUAGAACAUGUCUAAGAAUCAUCGAAAUGGAAAGAUGUCCAUUCAUUGGGGUAUAGCAGGUGCUGGAAAAAUAUCACAUGGUUUUGUAACAUGCUUACGAACAUUACCAGAAUCCGAACAUGUAGUUCUUGCAGUAGCGGCACGUGAACUAUCAAGGGCACAGAACUUUUCUAGCUUACAUAAAAUUAAAAAGGCGAUUACAAUUAUGUAAAGCUAGCUCUACAAUUAUGUAGAGUUAGCGAAAGACAAGAAUAUUGAUGUCGUAUAUAUUGGAACGUUACAUCCUCAACACUUUGACAUUGCAAAAUUAAUGUUAAAUCAUGGGAAACAUGUUUUAUGUGAAAAACCUUUAACUAUGAAUUUGAAGCAAACAACAGAGUUGAUAAAUUUAGCAAAGCAGAAGAAGUUGUUCUUAAUGGAAGGUAUUUGGAGUAGUAGUUGUUUUCCUAUAUAUGAAACUCUUAAAAAAGAAAUUGUCAUAGAGUGUUAUCAGCGUUGUCAUAGACUGUUGUCACCAUAUUUUAAAAAGAAUCGUUGUAACGAAGUUAGUGAGUAACGAAUAGUGAUUGCGCAAACAUAGAUUGCCGGAGCAUCAAACGAUAUUGUAACAAUCAUGCCGUUACCAAAUCUACUAGCACUAUACCAUUUUCCUACAUAUAUAUAUAUGCCUAAGAUACAAUAAGUUACAUAUAUAUAAAAUAUGUAUGUAUGUAUAUUUCAAUACUCCUAUAAGAUAUACAGGGUAUAUUGUUUAAUACCAACCACCAUUUCUCGAGUGUUUCCAAUAAUAUUGUAACGUCGCGUGAAAAGGUCCGCGCGACGUCCUUCAUUGUCUGACCGUCAAGGCCCAAGCACCGUUAGAGAAACACUCAAUAAACCUAAGGCCCCACCAUAAACCGAGUCUUAUUAGUUGGCAGGAAGCUUUAACCGUACAAGUAUUUUCAGUUUAUUACUGGUACUUAAAAGGUCCUUAGGUCUAUU